AUGUUCCAUGCCUUUUUCAAGGAAGCGGAGGCCUUCAAAGGGCCUAAAGCAAAAAUACCGCCACCAAAAAGCCUGACGUUGCUGUUCAUCUUCAUCGCCGCCCACUUCUUUUUGCUGGACGUCGGCCAGGAUUCUGUGCUCAUCCACUGCGUCGAGGAUGACGAGCAAACCCGAAUAUCGGCAUUCAUCAUGUCGAUCGUGACCAUCAUCCUCGACGUGUUCACCCUCGUCGGCGUCGUAUUUUUGUGGGUAUCGACUCGCCGGAAGCUGAGAUUACCGACUAUGGCCGUGAACGUGCGCUUCCAGCUGCGACUUUCCUUGACGGUGCUGUACGCCUUCGGCCCGAUGGUGAUCAUGCACUCGUUUUUCCUGGUGGAGUACAAUGUACUUUACGGCCUUCUGCGUCUCGACCCCACGAUAACGCUCCGGAAGUCAAAGAUGUGGCAGGGGAUACUGACGCUGACGCCUCUUUACACCGUACUGUCGCCAAUCAUGGUGCGCUACUUCCUGCGGCGCAGCAAGGAAAGGCAAGGAAAAUUU